ACACAGAUUUUUUUUCUUCCCGACUCUCUCUCUCUCUCUCUCUCUCUCUCUCUCUCUCUCUCUCUCUGCCGUUUCUUGCACAACGAUCUGAUCUCUUCUGAGAACAGAGAGAUGAUGGCCGUGGAUUCAUCCAAGGGAACGACAGGGGCCCUCGAUCAUGCGUUACAGAUCGAUGAGACAUAUGAAUUCUCCGCCCCUCGAUUCUUCGAUUUCAUCAAGGACGAGACUGAAGAGGAGAUGAAGAUGGCCGAACGAUGGUUCGACACGGCUCUCAGCCAUGCUCCAUCCCCUUUCAUGCCGAGAAUCAAGACAGGCCGAUCUGUGAAGCUCGAUGUGCUCUGUGAUUUCAGUGACGCAGAACAAAUUCACAAGGCAGCGGGAACGGACCCAGAAGCAACUACAUGCAGUAAUAUGAUGCAUGAUGCGAGUUCGGCGGCACCGGGACAGGAUACCAGGAAUCUUGCCGAGCAGGAAGAUUCUAAUAAGGAGGUCACACGAACGGAAGGAACCCAUCAUCAGAAGCAAGAUAAAGAUAUGAAGAGUCCCUUGAUUCAGAUUUCUGCUAAUGCAAAGCCUUGUGAAAGUAGUAAGAAUGCGCAGGAAAGCAUUUCGGCUGAAAAUCCUUCUUUCGUGGAGUCUGUAAAACCGAGUGAUGAAACCUCUUCAGCAAGACUGGCUACAAUUGUACAAGCGGCAGACACCGAAGCUUGCACGCCAAAAGCACAGAAGAUUUCUUCAAAAGGAGCACCAAGACCACCUCCCAGUUCAAAGAACCAGACCGCUAAGAAAAUAGCCAGCGCCAUUAGAAACCCAUCGGCUCUAAAGCCAAAAAAUCAGACACCGAGUUUGGGAGAUAAAAGCAUAAAACCAACCAGUGUGAGGAGGUGCCCCAGAAGUAUUGGUCCAAAGAAUACAGCGGGUGUAGAUUUUGCUCAGGAAAAUCAGGCAAUUAAGAGACAAAAGCUGGAAGGGGGUAGAUCCAGACAGAUACUUGAUGUCAAGAAUAGGAUUUUCCCCCACAAAUCCAAACCGGGUUUAAGCAACAACAACAGCUUAUCUGCAUCCAUUGUUAAAGGCAAAGAUGAAAAAAACGACGUCUCACGAAGAAAGGUUUAUGUUCGUGAACAGGUAGUCCCAUUCGUUUCGAUGGCGGAAAUGGUGAAGAAAUUCCAGUCAAGGCCAAGAGAGAUGGACCUGUCAUCUAACAGAUCUCUUUCACAUGAUGACGCUUCUUCAAUCAUCCAAAGGAGACAGAAACUUACGUUAACGCACCCCAUAGAACCGGAAUUCGAAACUGCAAACCGUGUACGGUCUUUCAAGGUGAAGAGCACCGCCGAGCUGGAGGAAGAGAUGCUGGCAAAUAUUCCGAAGUUCAAAGCUCGACCACUAAACAAGAAGAUCCUGGAAGCUCCUUCAUUGCCUGCACUGCCAAGGAGUACUCCCCAGCCACCUGAAUUUCAGGAGUUCCACUUAAAGACAAUGGAGAGAGCUAAUCAGCAUGCUGGAACUCCAUCAGAGUUAUCCUCUACAGAUUCUUCAUGCCAUAAUCAAGGCAAACUCCAUAAGCUUACAGAACCUAAGCCACCACGACUUGAAACAUUGCUACGGGCACGUCCACCAAAGAUUAAAACUUCUCAAGAACUGGAGUUGGAGGAACUUGAGAAGAUGCCUAAAUUCAAGGCUAGGCCACUCAACAAAAAGAUUUUUGAGAGCAGAGGAGACCUUGGAGUAUUUUGCAAUACGAAACGUCAACUGACCAUACCUCAGGAAUUUCAUUUUGCAACUGAUGAAAGGAUGCCACCACCACCAACAACAGUGGCUGAUCUUUUUGACAAGCUUUCGUUGCACUCAGAACCUCAUCAUCAUGAGCAGCAACAAAUCCCCAGAAUCACAACACCUAAUCCCUUCCAUCUCCACACAGAGGAGCGAGGACAGGAGAAAGAGAGGAAGUUCAUAGAAGAAAUAGUGAGAAAACAGUUGGAGGAGGAGAGGGCGAGGGUUCCGAAGGCUAAACCAUAUCCAUAUACCACCGACUACCCUGUGGUACCACCCAAACCAGAGCCAAAAGAAUGCACGAGACCGGAAGCUUUCCAAUUGGAGAGCUUGGUGAGGCAUGAAGAGGAGAUGCAGAGGAAAAUGGAAGAAAGAGAGAGGUUGGAGAAAGAGGAGGCACAAAUGAGAACCUUCAGAGCACAACCUGUCCUGAAAGAGGACCCACUUCCAGUUCCUGAGAAGGUGAGGAAACCACUCACACAGGUACAGGAGUUUGCACUCCACGUGGACCAUCGGGCUGUUGAUAGGGCAGAUUUCGAUAAAAAGAUAAAGGAGAAAGAAACAAUGUACAAGAGGUACAGAGAAGAGCAUGAAGCUGCACAAAAGAUGGAGGAAGAGAAGGCAGUAAAGCAGAUGAGGCGAACAAUGGUGCCCCAUGCACUACCCCUUCCCAGCUUCGCCAAUCCCUUCCUUCCACAGAAGUCAUGCAAGGAGACAACGAAGCCGAAGUCACCGAACCUGCGUGUGCUCCAAAGAAAGGAGAGAAGGCAUAUGGUCGGUGCUGGCCACCAUAUGAGAUGAUGAUGGGAGGCGACUGAUGGACAGCUAAAAACCUGUUCAAGAACGCUUGAACCCAGUGCAGUGUUAGUCAAUGUAUGAAAACACAUUUUCUGUUGUUUUUUAUCAUUUCCAUUGGCAGAUGUAAUAUCUCAACCAUUCUUUAUGUAUUUUAAUCUCAAGGAUUUGAACAAACCCGCGUAUAGACCAAGUCAUUUUUGUGGUUGCGUGUUUGGAUGCACAACCAAAAUUGUAGUU